GUUUGUGCACCAUGUCUACGGAGUCUUGUUGCCAGGUGUCAGUUACAGUCUUACCCAAGAUGAUGCUGAGAAGAGGACUGCUGAUGUGCCUGCUGCUGCUACGGUUGGCACGUGGAGGUAGGGCAUGGGGAGAGAGGAGGCAUGGCAGGAGGUCUCAUGGGCUGGAGAUGUUCUUCAGCAAAGGAAUCGUCCUUGUGGUCAAAGGUGCCAAUCCCACGCCUCCUCAGAUCCGUAUUCUGCUGCCCCCCGCCGGCCAGUCUGGUCGCGGACACUCCGCUGUCCUGUGCGUGGUGACGGGUCUCCACGCGGGCAUCGUAGACCUCACCUGGAGCAUCAACCACGCCACGGCCCAGCAGGCACAGGUCAGCGCACAGACGGUGCGUCAGGCAGACGGAACGUACUCCGCCAGUGCCGUCCUCUUCCUGUCGGCCGGGGAGUGGAGUCCUCGGCACACGUACCGUUGCUCCGUCACGCAGGACAGGCGGGUCUACUGGGCACAGGCCCGGCCAGACAGCUGCUGGACCUGACGCCGCUGGAGCCAACUGGGUCAUCUCUGGGUCCCAGACCCACAUCAUCUCUCAGAGGAUUUCUUCUCUUAUCGGACAGUCUCUGUUUAGCUGUGUCUACACGCACAUCAUUUCUCACAGGGCUGCUGAUGCUGAUGCUGUGGUCUCUGCUCUGGAUGCUGAUGCUGAUGCUGUGGCCUCUGCUCUAGACGCUGGUGCUGAUGCUGUGGCCUCUGCUCUGGACGCUGAUGCUUUGGCCUCUGCUCUGGACGCUGAUGCUGUGGCCUCUGUUCUGGACGCUGAUGCUGUGGUCUCUGCUCUGGACGCACGCUUUCUGUGGCCAUACUGAUGGUGCCAACUGUGUUUACACAGACAUUGUAUUUCUCAUAAUAUCAGACUGACAUACAGUUUUUUUCAGUCGCUAACAAGCGUUUGUCUAACAAGUUGUCACAUUUUCAAAACU